AUGAAAGCGAUCGCUUCUCCCGCAGCAAAAGCCAAUGUCAGUCGAACUCAAGUGUGGAAAAAUGAUGCUUUAGAGAGCAAGAAGUCAUCAAAAAAAUCUGAGAAAGAGGAGUUACUGAAAGUUGGCGAAAUGCUGCGCGGAAGAUAUACAGUUGAAAGCAAACUGGGACGUGGAGCUUUUGGCCACAUUUACCGUGCCUACGAUAGGCUGAAACUGCAAUCAGUAGCGGUGAAAGUUGGAACGCCUCGAAUGGAUCCAAGACGUAUGAAAAUUGAACAAAUUGUACUCACACUACUGCGUGGAAAGAGUCAUUUCCCGAUACUGAUUGGUACCGGAAAAAUACGUGGUUUGCCUUAUCUCGUCAUGGAACUUGUUGGUCGCAAUUUAUCAGAGUUACGAAAAAGUCAACCUCAAAAAUGCUUUCAACCUAUUACUGUGUACAGAAUAUCAAUGCAGGUGAUGAGCGCGUUGCAUGACUUACAUCGCUCUGGAUUUUUGCACCGUGACAUCAAGCCGUCAAACUUUUGCAUCGGCAGAGGUCUAAACCGACGAAAGAUUUAUCUUCUGGAUCAUGGUAUGGCUCGGAUGUUUAUGAACAUGGAUGGCACUUUUCGGGCGGCACGUAAUUACGCUGGUUUUCGGGGCUCGCUUCGCUAUGUAUCGUUGACGGUGCACGCACGACAAGAAAGUGGACCUUGCGAUGACCUCAUUGGAUGGCUCUAUUCUAUGAUCGAAAUGAUCAAUGGAAAACUUCCAUGGAGUAAACUAACGCGUCCUUACGAUAUUGAACAAGCGAAAAUGAGCGAAACACCGGAAAGUCUAUGCAAAGAUCAGCCGAAUACAUCUCUUGAAUUCGCUACUGUAAGGAUUUUUUUCGGAAAUUGUUCCGGCAAUGGUGAGAUUCAGUUUUGA